AUGCAUCAACUCAAUCUCCUAGUCACUGCCCUUCUCUCCACAACAGCCCUAUCCUCUGCAGCAGCAAUCCUUCCAUCCGCAGCCUCAGCACGAAUCCUGCCAACUCAAACCACCCACAAUGACAAUUCAACUCAACUGCCCUACGGAACAGUCAUAAACCACUGUACCGUCCCAAAGACAAUCGCAAUCGCCUUCGAUGACGGACCCUACAUCUACACAGAACAAGUCCUCGAUAUCCUCGCCAAUGCCAGCAUACACGCAACGUUCUUCUUCAAUGGUGACUGGAAAGGCAAUAUCUACGAGCUAUCACACAUCGUGAGGCGUACACUUGCAGAGGGGCAUCAGAUAGGAUCUCACUCAUGGAGCCACCUGAACCUAACAACCAUCCCCUACUCCACGAUCCUCACGGAGAUGCUCACCCUCGAAUCAGCCUUCCACCACAUCCUCGGCUUCACACCCACAUAUACCCGCACACCCUGGCUGCACGUGAACGAGCUCGUGCUCUCCGCGAUGUCAGAGCUACGGUACCACGUUAUCGGUGCGAGUAUCGUGACAGAUGACAAGACCAAUGACCAUCCGAGUCGGAGUUGGCGCAGCUUUGAGUUGUUCAAGGAGGGGUUGGAGCAUCGCGGGAGUAUCGUGCUUGCGCAUGAUUCGCAAGAGAAUACGGCGAAGAGAUUGGUGGGGGGUAUGAUUGGAGAGGUUCAGAGGAGGGGGUUGAAGGGUGAGUCUGUUCUUUUUGAGACUGGUUUGGACUGUUUUUGAUGGGUU